AUGGCCACAGAACUUCCAGACAAGUACGACCGGCCGGUCCACAUCGCCGUGAUAGGCGGCACCGGCCUCUCUAAGAUCGAUGGCUACCACCCCGUGGCAUCCGUCAACCCCUUGACCCCAUGGGGCUACCCCUCCGCCCCGAUUCAGAUCCUCGAACACAACGGCGUGCCCAUCGCCUUCCUGUCGCGACACGGCGCCCACCACGAGCUUGCCCCCCAUGAGGUCCCCGCGCGCGCCAACAUCGCCGCCCUGAGGCACAUCGGUGUGCGGAGCGUCAUCGCCUUCAGCGCCGUCGGGUCUCUCCAGGAGCACAUCAAGCCCAUGGACUUUGUCGUCCCCGACCAGAUCAUCGACCGCACCAAGGGUAUCAGGCCGUUCACCUUCUUCGAGAAGGGCUUGGUGGGCCACGUUGGUUUUGCCGACCCCUUCGACGCCAAGAUGGCGGCCGUGGUCAAGGCCUGCGCCGGCGCGAUGCAGGGCGAAGGAUCGACUUUGCACGAUAGCGGAACAAUCAUUUGCAUGGAAGGACCCCAGUUCUCGACGCGCGCCGAGUCCAACAUGUACCGCUCCUGGGGCGGCAGCGUGAUCAACAUGUCGGCGCUGCCCGAGGCGAAGCUCGCGCGCGAGGCCGAGCUGGCCUACCAGAUGAUCUGCAUGGCGACCGACUACGACUGCUGGCGCAGCACGGGCGGCGAGGACGUCGACGUCGCCAUGGUCAUGAAGUACAUGAGCGCCAACAGCGUCAACGCCAAGCGGCUCGUCGGCGCCGUCCUGGACGAGCUGUCCAAGCACGACAACAGCGACCUGGUCCUGGCCAAGCACUGGGAGGGCGCGAGCGGCGGCGCCGUCAAGUUCAUGACCAAGCCUGAGGGCAGGGACCCCGAGGCCAUGAAGCGCGUCGAGUACCUGUUCCCUGGUUUCUGGGAGAGCUGA